UUUUAUUGUAAAUUGCAUUUUCCCCCAAUAAUUUCAUCACAAGCAGCACUCCUUACUCUGUCUCCGGCGACAACGGUAGAGCCACCAUCAUGGAUCAGAACUCGCCGAGAUCUCGUCGGACCCGGCAACCCGAUCCCAAACCCGAUAUUUACUCCACCUUCGUAGUCCACUCCGACUCCGAUUCCGAUCAAGACAGCAAACGCAAGCCCAAGCCCGAGGACGACGAAGACGACGAAAACGUCGAUUUAUACGCCACAACGGUCUACAAGGGCGACACUGACGGCGGCGGAGAUGAAGACGACGACGACGACUCUUUCCUCCCCCCUCUUCUCAAGCGUCUCCCCAAGGAUUUCGGAGGCGGCGCGUCGCUCGACUACGACGACGAAGACGAUGGCGAUUUCGGCACGAUGAUUGUGAAGAAGGAUCGGGAUAGUCACAGCUCGUCGAAGCCCCGAGUGGCAGCCAGUCCUCCCCGGAGGAUAGCCGAUGAGGAAUCUUCCGAGGAGGAAGAGUUUGGUACCUUCGUUGUGAAACCUUCCUCUAAGAAGGGGAAGGAGAUGGAUUUGUCAACUAUGGGAAGAGCGGUGGCGAGUAUGCAGGAAUCAAGCUUCGGUGGUAAGAAGAACCGUAAGUCUCGCCCUUCGUCUCCGUCGUCACAUCGGAGAAUGCAGCAGCAGAAUAGUAAGAUGUCGACGACGUCUCUUCCGGAUAGCAUUACUCGAGAAGAUCCAACCACCAAAUACGAGUUCCUCAAUGAACUUGGGAAAGGAUCAUAUGGAUCUGUCUACAAGGCAAGAGAUUUGAAAACGUCUGAGAUUGUUGCUGUUAAAGUCAUUUCACUUACUGAAGGGGAGGAGGGCUAUGAAGAGAUCCGUGGGGAAAUUGAGAUGCUGCAGCAGUGUAAUCAUCCAAAUGUUGUCCGUUACCUUGGGAGUUACCAAGGAGAAGAUUAUCUUUGGAUAGUGAUGGAGUAUUGUGGAGGUGGAAGCGUUGUUGAUGUGAUGAAUGUUACUGAGGAGGCAUUGGAGGAGUAUCAGAUUGCAUAUAUUUGUCGAGAGGCUUUGAAGGGCCUUGCAUACCUGCAUUCAAUAUUCAAAGUCCAUAGAGAUAUUAAGGGUGGAAAUAUCUUGUUGACCGAACAAGGAGAGGUCAAACUCGGUGACUUUGGAGUUGCGGCUCAACUUACGCGGACUAUGUCGAAGCGAAACACGUUCAUCGGGACUCCGCAUUGGAUGGCUCCGGAGGUUAUUCAGGAAAACCGUUAUGAUGGGAAGGUUGAUGUAUGGGCUCUUGGUGUUUCAGCAAUUGAGAUGGCAGAGGGGCUUCCUCCAAGAUCAGCAGUUCAUCCGAUGAGGGUUUUGUUCAUGAUAUCGAUCGAGCCAGCUCCAAUGCUUGAAGAUAAAGAAAAAUGGUCCCUGGUCUUUCAUGAUUUUGUUGCGAAGUGCCUCACAAAGGAACCACGUCUUCGCCCAACUGCAGAUGAGAUGCUUAAGCACAAAUUUAUUCAGAGAUGUAAAACUGGGGCUUCUGCAAUGUCGGCAAAGAUUGAGAAGUCUAGACAAAUCAGAGCUUCAAUGGCUCUGCAAGCGCAAAAAGUUGCAGCUUCUUCAGAGGACACUUCAACACUGGGUCUAAAAUCAAGUGAAGAGAUGAAAAUUACUGUUCCAUAUACCGAAGAACCUCCAGCAUGCUCCCUGAAUCCGCAGCAUAUAUCCAGCAACACCGCCUUGACUGGAGAAGGUGGUGAUUUUGGAACUAUGAUCUUUCACGGUGAGGAUGAGGCAGACGAGAUCCACUCAGGGUCUCAACUUGCCAAAGAGAAAGAAUCUUCUUCUUCUAAGGUUGAUCGCGCUUCUGUUGGGUUCUCCGGAGAAGAAGUAACUAGGAUCCAUGAAAGAAAUAAUCUUCCUACUACUGACGUUGCAGUUGAAACCUCAACUUCACGGGGAACUUUGUCAUCCAUUGAGCAUAAAACGAGGCUGAGUAACAUAUCUGGAACACAGACCGAAGGUGGCAGUGAUGCAAGUGGCAGUACCUUGAAGAAUGAAACUGUUGGCAAGAAAGCUUUUGCUUUACAAGAUAAGUUAUGGUCAAUAUACGCAGCUGGAAACACAGUACCGAUACCAUUCUUGAGAGCAACGGAUAUAUCACCAAUAGCACUCUUGUCAGAGAACAUGAUCGGAGGCAUGCAACAGGACGGGAAUGGAAGUGUGGCCGUUGAAGCACUUCAGGAGCUCUUUACUUCUGAUCCCCAAUCCAAAAAGGGACGAAGAGGACAAAACGAGAUGCCGCUACCUCCAAGUGUAUACCAGAGACUGACGUCAAGCCCUCCUCUGAUGAAUCUUGCACAAGUUUUAGCCUACCACAGAGCGUGUUACGAGGAGAUGCCGCUGCAGGAGAUGCAAGCAACGCAGGAGCAGCAAACCAUUCAGAAUCUGUGCGAUACUCUUCGCACUAUUCUUCGUCUCUAAUCUUGUUUCUGUUCAUAUUUUAGUCAUAUACUGUUUGGUAUUAUUUAGGUUGUUUCAAUAAGUAUACAAAUUUGCUAAUUUGAGAAUGACUUUUCAAGAAUUGAUAAUAUAUUUGAUAAAAUUAAAUGUUAGUUCGUUUUUUAAAAUCGUUUUCAUUUAAAUAUGUAAAAAUAAAUCGUUUCGUAA